UUUCCUCUAACCUUGCUUUCCGGGUUCCCUUUCUACCUUUGGUCUCUUCCUAGCCCGGCUCUUGGCUGUCUCCAGCAAUCCUGCAAAUCCAAGGAAAGUACGAUGCGCUCCCAACGAUGGAACUGGUGGCCGGCUCCAGGACUGUUACUGCUGUUGUCUCUUCUGGUGACCAGUAUGCAAGAUCCUUCAAUGCAUGGAAAGACGGUGGUCUCUGGCAGCAAUGUGAGUCUGCAAAUCUCCGAAGAUUUACUGGGUAACUACAAGCAACUAAUUUGGUUUUACAACCCCCAACAAAAGAUUGUAGAAUGGUAUGUGUCGUCCUCUCCUACCUACUACAAGUCUCCACUGAAGUCCAGAAUCCGCCUGGAUCCUCAAAGUCCCGCGCAUCUGCACAUCCAUCAAGUACAGAAAGAGGAUAGCAGUACCUACAUUUUAAGAGUGUCGAAAGACGAUGGCAAAGAGCAGGAAUGGAAGAUACCCCUGCAGGUACUUGACCCUGUUCCUGGGCCUGUCAUAGAAAUUGAGAAGGCAGAAGAAGUAAACGGCAAUUGUUACCUGAACUUGUCAUGUGUGAUACAGGACGAGUCAGCCAGCUAUGUUUGGUAUGGGGACUCGGGGCCCUUUCCAAAUGAGUUCCAGAAAAAGGUGCUUGAAGUCUCUGUUAAUCCACAAAACCAGUCCAGGUUUUACACCUGCAAAGCCAGCAAUCCUGUAAGCAGCAAGAACGAUACGGUCUACUUCAUUCCGCCCUGUACUUUAGCCAGAUCCUCUGAAGUAACUUGGAUCGUAAGUUGGUGGAUGGUCAUGGUACCCACUGCUGCCGGCUUCCUACUUACUCAUUAUGAACUCUUCUAAUAAUUCAAGAGUGAAACUUCAAGGCCACUGGAUCUUUCCUUCAUCAGCAACCAUGCUCUUAACCAGGACAGGAGCUCUGUUACAUAGGAUGGGACAAAGUGUUUUUGUUGAAGCAUCUUUGAAGAUUCUCAAUGAUUUUUUUUAAAAAAAUCUGUGGUAAAUAUUUUAUGUUAUAUUUCAUCAUUGUUUUUCAACACACAUCCAUGGAUACAUAUAUAUUCAUUCUUUCCACCAAAACAACAUGAUCAUACUGUGAUGUUUUUAUUUUGUUGUUUUUACUUAUUUAUAUAUAUAUUUUUGUGGUGCUGGUGAUUGAACCCAGGGCCUUGCAUAUGGUAGGCAAGUGCUCUACCACAGAACUACAUCCUCAACCCUACGAACGUUUUCUUACGGUUUAAAUAAACAUUCGGUGUGACCAUUUAAA